AUGGUUGCCAGCGGGGGCAUUGCAGUACGCAGCGUUCUAGACCUCCAGGAUUCCAACCACAUGACGCUCGUCAGGGCGGGGCUCGGCUGGGACGUGGACCCGAAGGCGGGGGACGUGGACCUCGACGUCUCCGUCGUGCUGUUCGCCCAGGGCGGCAAGGAGAUAGGCGCCGUCUUCUUCGGCAACCUUGCCGAGUUCGGCGUAGAGCACAGGCGUCGCUCCCUGGCCAGACAAGAAAAAAUCCCCGCCAGCGGCGACAACCUCACCGGGGAGGGCGCCGGGGACGACGAGGUGAUGAUGGCAGCGCGGCAGGAAGUCGAGGGCGCGGAGGAUCUGGCCCGCGAGCUACGGGGGCUGGAGAGCGCCGACAGCCAGCAGGGAUACGCCAGCAGUGAAGCACAGACACGGUACCACACGCUAGUCUACCCAGGCACGAGCUACGGCGCCCAGUGCUGGACGUCCCAGGCCUCCCAGGUGACGUCUCAGAGUGCGAUCGCAGAGGCCAUGGGCGCAGAGGCAACGACGAGCGAGGCAAUCAAGAUCCCGCACGCUCCAUCCGACGAGGUGUCCCAGGGCAAGGACGCCCAGACUCCGAGCACAGCCGAGGCGCGCACCCAGCCAGUCAGAGACUUCAGAACCUGA